ACAAUCACUUUGGAGCAAGAGGCUUAUCCAACCUUAGAUAAGUUGACCUCAGUGUUAAGUACUCUCAAUUUGGAACGUGUCCGCCAAAUUAAAAGCCGCUUGAUUGAAAUGUCUGGACGUGUUCAAAAGGUUGAGAGGAUUAAAGGUAAAGGAUGAGUUAGAACACUUGCUAGAUGAUGAUGAAGAUAUGGCUCAAAUGUAUCUUACCGAAAAGUUGGUUUAUGGUUCCAAUAUGAAUGAGGGAGAUGAUAUGGAAUCAAAUUUCGAUGAUAGGUUUUCUAUUUUAUCUGAUGAUGAAGGCCAAAACCUUGAGAACCCCCAUGGGAACCAUGCUAGCAGUACUCAAAGUUACAUGAAUAAGAACCUUGAUGUAAAGGAGCUUGAAAUGCUCUUAGAGCCAUAUUUUGUGCAAAUUGAUGGUACACUAAACAAACUAUCAACGCUAAGGGAGUACGUACAUAACACAGAGGACUUCAUCAACAUAAUGUUGGAUGACAAACAGAAUAAACUACUGCAAAUGGGGGUCAUGUUAACAACAGCUACCCUUCUACUAACUGCCUUUAUUAUUGCAGUUGGGUUCUUAAGCAUAAACGUUAGAAUUGCUCUAUUCAAUGAUAUAAUAAAUGGAGAGAAAAAUUGGUUAUGGACUGCUGGGGGUGGCAGUAUUGGGUGCAUAGUCCUAUAUCUCUUUGCUUAUAGCUGGUAUAAAUAUAAGCGAUUGAUAUAAUAAUGGACAUCAAGGGGCCAUUGAUUGUAAAACAUUUAUUAUAUAUUAUGUUGAAAAUACUUUGUAUAGACACAAUUUUGUUUGUUUGCUAUUAUUCUAUACCUCUUAUUGCAUUUUAAUUAUUAUCAUGGACAUGGUUUGUUUAUGACUUAGUCACAAUUUGAGAGACUUUCAAUUGCUAAUU